UUCCUGGCUGCAACCCUGCACAAAGACCGUAAAAAAGACCUAGUGUAACUGGUUUACAUAAUUGAUGGCCUGUGCGGUAAACAUGCAGUACUUCCUGAAGAAGAGAUAUAAGGGUACCACGUCUUACCAAUAUGGCGCAUAACAUGCUGCGACAAUGUGUAAAAAAAUCUGCGUCCUUGGGUUAUCCCCGCGUGUUUUUUGGUCGGAGCGCUUACGUCACUGGAGAGAAACUCAUGUUACUUAGAGCACGUUCGUCAGGUGCAGGAGACGCAUCUUCCCGUGUUAUAAUCCGAUCUGCACAGAAGAAAGAUGCAGCAAGUAUGACAGACAUCUACAAUGCCGAGUCAUGGAACUACAUCCCGGAGACCAUAGAAACCUUUGUGGACAUUGCCGGAGACAAUUUCCUGGUGGCAGAACUGGAUGGAAAAGUUGUUGGUUCCGUGGUGUUACAUCUUUUGGAUGAAAAAGAAGCCUUUGGUGGUCUUGCCGCUAUUGUACCAGAACUCAGAGGAAAGGGAAUAGUCAAAAAGAUGUGGGCAGAGAGAAGUAAGCGGAUUGGAGGUAGGAAUUUAGGCGUAUUUUCUGUGUUACACAGACAGCAGAUUCUCCAUGACAGUGGCUUCCAGAUUGCCACCGACAGAAUUGGUCUCGUUUCGGGGCGAAUCAACGAGUCUUGGUUGGCAGCAGAAGGAGAAAAUGUUGAAACUGAAGUCGUGACAGCAUCUAAAGUGCCAUUUGAUUUACUGUUGAAGUAUGAUACAGAAAUCCACACUAUUCCAAGACCAAUGUUUUUAGAAAAAUAUUUAGCUCGGCCAUCGUCAAAAUCUUUUGUAGCCGUCAACAAAAAGAGUGGAGAUAUCACUGGGUACACGAUUGUCCAGCCUGGACAGACGGCGUAUAGAAUAGCACCCCUUUUUGCGGACUCUUUCCUCAUUUCCAAACUUCUCCUACAAAAAGCGCUGCGGUCGAUCCCCAAAGAUGCAGAGGUGGAUUUGUUUUUAAACUGGUCGAAUCCAGCCAGCUGUGAAUUUUUUGAUAAAAACAAAGAUUCUCUUGGCUGGGUGAUAGAUGGUGUAAGAAUGUUCACAUUACGCGAUGUCCCAAUCGCACACAACCAUAAAGUCAUUGCCCUCACCGCCCCAGAAAUAACCUUGGUUUAGGAACAAUGAUCAAGGAAAAUGUUUUUUAUUACUGUUAAUACCAAAUUAGAUUGAAAUUAAUAUUCAUAUUUACAUUGAUACUCAAUAAUAAUAAUAUUCAUAUCAGAAUUCUAGCUGUGCAACUUCAUAUAUGUAUUUAAAUUGCAUGCAUAUAUCCUUAUUACUAUUAUUAAGGAAACUUUGAAGAGAAAAUAAAAACUUCAGCUUAUUUUUAAAGUGAAUUUUCAAAGGAA